GGCCUCGCUCCUUAUAAACGCUGCCGGGAAUUUCCGUUUAAGCACAUUCGGCUGUCAAGUGUUGAACAAUGGUUAACAUGAGCCAUCAUCCAUUCUCACUAAAACAUCUACAUUCGAACCAGCGACAGUCGAGACGGCGAACAAAUAAAAGGAAAAGGAUUUGUAGGGGAAAAAUAUCUCAAACCGAUUUGCAGACUUGAUUAAGGGAGUCCUUCUAAAGGUCCCAUUUGAAGCGUGUGACCGAGUGUGGAGUGCGUUGCGAGUUGACUGGCAAGAUGACUGCCGAGUGGCUGCAUCUGCCCCCGCCGUACCCCCCCGGUGUGGGGCCGCUGUGUGGCGCAGAGUUGGAGGCGUGGUAUGAGGACCUGCAAGACAUCCUGGGCUCGGACGCGGGAGGGGCAAAGCUGGCGCGCGCCCCCUCGUACAGCGAGAAGGAGCCGGAGUUCCUGGAUGUUCUGGAGAGUUGCUCCCUGACGUGGCUGACGGACGGAGGUCAGACUUGGGGAGAGGGUGUCCAGAGGGCGACGGAGCAGAUCCACAACGCCCAGCCUCUGCAUCACACUUCAUCUUCCUCCUCGUCCUGCUUGACUCCGACAGAAGAGCGGAAAACAGAGGCGAGAAGCGGCGACGGUGACCUGCUGCCCCCCGAGUUCUUUGAGUUCCUGAGUGAAGGAGGAAUGCUGGAUUCGAGCGGUGGUUAUUAUUACCACCAUCAUCACCACCAUCCCCAUCACCACCAGCAGCAGCAGGUUAACUGCGUCCAUCCAGCAUCUCCAUCAGCCAGCGAGGAAGAGUUGCCCUGCGUCCCUGAUUCGCCAUCCUACUCCUCGUCCUCCGCCUCGCAGUCGCCUUCUCAGCACUGCUCUUCCCCGUCGUCACCCGUCUCAUCCCCGUCCAUCUACUCGCCUUCGCGCCUGGGCAAGCGGCAGAGGGGCGAGGGGCCUGACGGCGCCGCCUCGUCCCCCAGCGCCUCUUCCCAGUCUCAGCAACGCGCGUCAACGUCGUACUUGUCUGCCAAAAAGAGUCGCAAGGAGAGGGAGCAAGAGAACGAAAGGAAAGUGCAGGAGCUGACGGAGCAGAACGAGCGCUUGAAAGCGGAGAUCGAAAGGCUGGGCGAGGAGGUGCAGCGCACGCGGCGAGCCCUCAUCGAGAGACUUGUCAACACCAGGAAAUGAUCUUGUAGACA